AGCGCCUUCUACAGUCUCUAGUUUUCAAAGCACUCUUCACUGUUAUGGUUUGAAUGCGUUUUGUGAUUUCGCGGCUAUGACGGUUACUGUUUGCGAAGAGUGAAGGUUCCAUUUUCGUUUGUGUGUUCUCAAGGGUUCUUUAGAAAAGUUUGGAUAUGGAUGAGAAUGCUCCUCCUGGAUAUUUGUCACCUCUCGGGCUAUUGGCAGGAGUACGAGCAAUGCUGUUGCCUGGAAGUGGCAAGGAUCAGCCAACCCCAGAAUCUGAAUCUCCAAAUCGUCCAGUGCUGAAAGACAUGAAUUCAUCUGAUGGUCCCAAGCCGAGAAACCUGCUCAGUGUGGCCCAGGGCGCCGAGGGCACCGGACCGUCCAGCCCUGCAUCUCUGAACGGAGACUCACCCUCAGUGUCUUCUCCAGGCAGCCAGGGCGAGCGCAGAUCUGUGGCCUCUGACAUCAGCUUUGUCAGUGCUGUUAGUGCCAUCAGCAGAUCGGAUAGGCUUGAUUCGGACAAUGAUGCCUCAUCUGACUCUUGUUUUGAAACUUCGUAUGUUAGUGCUGCGGAAACAAGUGGGAAUGUCAGUUUUCUUGGUGACCAGUUCUCUAAGCUUGUUCUGAACAGUCCUGCUCCUCAGUCAAAUCUUCUUAAUGGUGGCUUUGAGAAACCACCCGCCAAGCUGUGCAAUCCUUGGGCAGGUGAAACAUUAUCUGCUGACGGAACAUUUACUUUGGAUGAGGACUCAACCUGUGAUUUGACAGAAGACACAUUGGGUAGUGUUUGCCCAGAAAAUGGAAAUUUGAUUCCCACCGCCCAGACUAGUUCCAGUUCCAUUCAGUCUUACUUUGAUGCCACGUUAGAAGAAGCACAAGGAAAUGAUAUUAUAAACAAGACUCAGAUUCUCAAUGAAGCACCCAGUAAUCUAGAGACCACAGAUGAAAUUGUUUCUAGAAGCUCUGAAGCUGUAUCCACUAAUUUAAACAGUGAUCUGGAUUCUACUAUUGAAGGGGAUUGUGAAACUAAUGCUGCUCUGACUCAAACUGCAGUUGAAGGUGGCCUUAAUUCUACAUUUACUGGCAUUCCAGACACCACCCGUAACAUCAAUGUGACUUUUGAUGGCGUCUCUGGAAGUGCCGAUCUGAAUCUAAGUGUGAAUCAAACUCUUAAUGAUGAUUCUAACAAUUUAGAUCAAAAUCUAUCUGAAACUGUUUGUACAGAAGAUUUUAACAAUUCAGACAGAAAUCUAAGUGCUAAUGAGACUGUCUGUACUGAAGAUUUUAACAAUUCAGAGUGGCGUCACCUUAUUAGUCAGACUCCGCUCCAGACUCCCCAAGAGGUCCCUUGCCAGGUUGCGGAUCUGCAAGGCGCGAAUUUGUCUAUUACUGAAACUCCAAUUGCCAAUCCAAGUGGGUCUACUGAUGGUCUGAGCAUUUCAGAGGGAUGUGGCCCUGAAAAAAAAACUCAGGCUCAAUCCGAGAAGUACCAGCCUGAAGAAAAGGCAACUAUCCGUACUCAUUGUGACACAGUAAGUGAAAAUCAGGGUCUUGGCACUUCAAAGGGAUGUGAGCUUGAGAAAGAAACCCAGGCUCUAUCUGAAGAGUACCAGCCCGAGGAGGAAACUACUCCUACUCAUUGUGACAUUGUAAGUGAAUGUCAAGACUUGUCUCAAGAAAGUAAUCAUGCUCAAGCGGACUUAGUUGCUGAGGAGCAGCUUGUAUCAUCUACUGAUGUUGAGAAUUCAAAGAAUGAUUCAACUAGUUUUGAUGAGGCUCCUUUACCAGUGACAAAAGUUGAAACUUUUGAGGAGAUAUUGGCUGAUGGGCUUGCGGCUGAAGAACAAGUACCAGCCUCUCAUGUGGCAGAUGUCGAAGCUACUCCUGAUCCCAACUGUUUUGAUGAAGCUCCACUCCCAGUAAGAAAGCAACGAACAUUUGAAGAAAUAUUAGCAGAAGAGCUUGCUGCUAGUGGAGAAAUAGUUAAGGAUGAUUUAGUGCAAUCUAAUACUGAGGAAGUAAGUGUGCAUCCUGUUGCUGAAGAUACAGAGGAAGUCAUCUCAGAGGAAAGUACUAGUGAAGGUCAACCUACACUAUUAAACAAGGUCCCUGUUGAGCCUGCUGACGAAGCAGGGCAUAAGCUGUCAUCUGAACUGGAAGAGAAAGACAUACCAGCUGAGGAAGAGGAACGAGCAGAACUGUAUCCCUCAUCUCAGGCUGAUGAAAUUCCAAUUCCCAUCAGAAAACCGAGAACCUUUGAAGAGAUUCUUGCUGCUGAACUUGCUGGACAAAGUGACCCAGAGAAUGCGGUACCAGCUUCGGUUGCUGAUGAAUUACCCAUUCCCAUAAAAGCUCCACGUACUUUUGAGGAGAUACUUGAAGAACAGCUAGCUUCUCAAAGUGAUCCUGAGCACGCUGUUCCAUCCUUUGCUGCCUCUCCAAGAAAAUUGGAUGAGUCUUUUGCCAACAUUAUAUCUGCUGACACAUCCCCUCUUGAGUCAGAAUGUGAACCAGAUCUAAUUUUAGAUUCUGUUCCUGCAGAAUUGGAAUCGGAGGCUGACAGUGGUCUAGAUUCUCUUAUUAAGAGGUGCAAACUGCAAGAGAAAGUUCUUGAAGAAGGUGACUUUAAGGGUGUUGCUGAAGAGGCCAGUCAAAUUUCGUCAAGUUAUUUGAAUGAGUCUGAACGAACAUGCAGUACUGCAUCAGAAGAUCCUGAGUGUGACUCACCCGACCCUGGAAACCGAACUGUAAUUGAUCUGCAGGCUGAUACAUCUGCCACUAAGUUUGAAGUACAUUCUCCACAAGUUUCUAAGGCCCAGGUUUCUGGACCACAGCCACCAAGUGACUUUGAGGAGAGUGAAAACAUAGACGAAGAGGAGUUUACGAGUGGAGACGCUUUUAAAGAUCCAGGGGCAUUUGAUUUUCUUUCUCUCCACGGUUGCACUCGCAGUGCUCGAGAUCUCCGCAAAGAAAGCCUUUAUGUGAAAUUUGAUCCUUUGGUUGGCGCUUUCUCAUCCGACACUCGUGAUAGUUCCUUCAUCAUGCACCCAGAAAACAGCACUGAAACACAACCUGGUGCUGUAGGUGGAGAGGAUCCAUCUCAGCAAGCCUUCAACACGUCAGUGAAACUUGUGUCAUUAAGUCCAUCAGCUGUUAAAAAGGAGGCUGAGGAGACUGCUCAAGAUGCGGGCCUUAUCACACCAUUGAAGGCAACCUCUCAUAAAAGUACACCUGUCAAAACUCCUGCUCAUAUAAUGCUGAAUGAGACGCUAGAGAGUAUCGGGUCUCGUGGAACUCUUGUAAAACAAGAAGAUCUAAUCAAGAAGCUGCAGGAGCAUCAGUCCGUUCUUGAGGAACAAGACAAAGCAUACCAGGAGAGAAUAUCAGAACUGGAACAAAGACUUCAAGAAAUGGAUAUUCGCAGAGCGGAUGAUAUCAAAGCAAAAGAUAAAGAGCUUCAAGAGAAAGUUCAAAGCCUUGGCGAGUUGAGUGUAAUCAUGAAGGAGUAUGAGAAAACAAUUUCAAGACUGGUUGCGGAAAAGAGUCAGGAAAAGGCUGCUCUAGAGGAAAAGCAAAUUGAUUUAGUUAAAGACAGAGAUCAAGCCCAACAGCAUUUAAACAACAUGGAAAUAGCAUUUUCUGAUAUUCACACGAAAUAUGAACGAUUGAAGUCAGUAGUCACUGCCAUGAAGAAAAAUGAAGAAACCUUAAAUGCAGCUUUGGCUGAAAAGCAGGAAAAUUUUGAUAAAAUGCAAAAUAUGUAUGAUAUGCUUAAGUCACAUGCAGUAUCCAAAUUAGAGAAAGCAAACCAGGAUCUUGAAGCAAUUAAACAAAAACAUCAUCAGGAAAAUGCAAAACUCAAAGCCAUGGUGAAAAAAUUGGAACUCAAAACUAAGUCUGUUGAAGAAGCUUUGGAGCAGAAAGUUAAAGAAAAUCAGGCUCUUACUGCUAUAUGUGAUGAACUAAUAAAUAAAGUAGGUGAAUAACCACACUAUUCAUGUAAGUUUUUUAACAUACAGGCACCAAGACCACUUUAUAACCUAGUAAGGUUGCUACCAAAAUUUGCUCUGUGCUACUUGUUUUCAUACCUUUGAUAUUUAUUGUUAGUCUUAUGUUUUUAUGACUCAGUAUGUAGCAGCUUUGUCAUGAACCAUCUCAUUUUUUACAUAGUUUAAUUUAUUUUUUUACUUGGCUUUGUACUACCACAAAUAAUUAUUUUAUCAUUCCUACCCUUGUAUUUUUAAUUUCCCUCUAAUUCUCAGCGAAUUGUCACCUUUCUUAUGUAGUUGUGCAGGGUGAAGGUUGUUAACUAUUGAGAUAUUAGACUACAAGUUGAAUAGAGGGAGUACCUACAUAAGCAGUUGUACACCCCCAAGGGGCUGUAUCCUGGUUUUCUUCCUGUGUCUUCUAUACAAUAAUUUUUGCUCAGUCUAUAGAUACAUACAAUACUCCCCUAUACCAAAUGUAUGUCUCUCAAUUAAUUAUUUUAAUUUUUUGUUUGAGCAAGCUAAUUUAUGGAAAUGGUUCUAUUUUUGUUUUGUUUUAAUCUGUUUAACUAGAUUUUCUGAUAAAUCACUUGUUCAUUCGCUCUUGCAAGCAUUUCUUUGUCGAUUAAUGUCAAAAUAGUUGCUUUAAACGCACUGGAAAAUUAGACUUCCCCGUCCAUUUAGUAAUACCUAAUGCAAGAUAUUACUCUUUUUAGCUUUGCCCAUCUACAUGCACUCUCACAUGAAAGUGCCAUAUGUGUUCUUGUGAUUGGCGUAGUAUUUACUUGUUGCAAAGCUGUUUUAAAAAAUGUUAUUAUUUGUAGGUAAUUGAUUGUAAUUAUGUAUAGAUCACUCAUAUAUAUUUCUGUGUAUAUAUAUAUGUAUUGCCAAAAUAAAAUUCUAUAUUUUGUACAUGGAAUGGUUUAGGUUGAGCAAGUCUUGUAUUUCUGGUCGCUGCACCGGUCUGAAUUUACUUUAAAGUAACCAGCUAACUGAUAAACAUGUACUUAUAAACUUUGUGGAAUAAAAUAAAUCAUUCUACAUGAAAUGA